AUGGGUAAUCAUGACAAUGUUGACAUAUUUGACAAAAUCGACUGGCGCGUUAACCGUGUCGAUAAUGAAAUGGAAUAUAAUUGCAAACGGUUAGCAUGUCCUUAUUUGCAUGACUAUACUAUUCCUCCUCUUUACGAUCAAAAGUGCAAGUAUGUUGGAAGUUGUACUCAACCUGGAUAUCGCUGUCGUUAUACGCUGCAAAAACAACCCUCUGAUUUUGUCAGCAAAAUUCUUAUUACGAAGGAUAAUAAGGGCAAAGAAGCCGACGAAAUACCUGCUACAGAAAAAGAGGCAUACACUACAGAGAAGGAAAUAUUCGUUGUAAAGAAAAAUAGAUAUACAGAGAAAAAUGAAAGAAACCCCACUGGAGAAGAAGCUAUAUACGUUAGGGAUAAAACUUUGUGCACUAAGGAUAUAUUAGUAUCAACUGUAGAGAAAUCUGGAUCUCCCAUAGAAAAGGCUGAAUCUACUGAGGAGAAAACUUUGUCAAUUUCAGGAAGGGUUGAACAUACUGGAAAGAGAGUCAAAGUCAUUACACAGGAUACGGAACCUGCUAGAAAGAAAAUCAAAGCUAUUGCACAAAAGACUAAACAUAUUUUAAAGGAACCCAGAUCCACUGUAAAGAAGACUAGGCUUACUAGAAAAACAGCCAAAUCCAUUACAGAGGUGUCUAAUUUUACUGGGAGAUCUAGUUAA